GCGCUCCCGGAAGCGGCGGGCGCGGUGUCCGGGCGGCGGCGUCUCCUCCGCGCCGGGGCCAUGGUGCGGGGCCUGUGAGCCCGCCGGCCAGGGGCUCGGCCGACUCCAGCAAAAGUUCUCUUGAUCCUGCAAGAAUCAAAGAAAAGGCUCUUUCAGCCUCCACCCUGAUGUAGUUGCUGGGUGUUUCUGACCACAGGAUUCUUGAUGCAGAAGCGUGAAAUGAUGUAGUCUGCUUUUCGAAUCCCAUUUUGAAGGUGAACAAUCAGAAUAAUGUUCAACAUAAACCUGUUGGAGAACCUGAAGGUCUACAUCAGCAGUCGCCCUCCGCUUGUGGUCUUUAUGAUCAGUGUGAGCGCUAUGGCCAUAGCUUUUCUGACGCUGGGCUAUUUCUUCAAAAUCAAGGAGAUCAAGUCACCUGAAAUGACGGAGGACUGGAAUACUUUUCUCCUGAGGUUUAAUGAUUUGGACUUCUGUAUAUCUGAGAAUGAAACCUUAAAGCAUCUCAUUAACGAUACCACAACUCCGGAGAGCACCGUGACCAGCGGACAGGCGAGGUCUUCCACACAAUCUCCACAAACUCUCGAGGACUCUGGCCCGAUAAACAUCUCUGUUACAAUCACACUGACGCUGGACCCGCUCCGACCGUUUGGCGGAUAUUCUCGCAAUGUCACACACCUAAGCUCCACAAUUUUUGGACACCAAAUUGGACUCUCAGGCAGAGAAUCCCAUGAGGAGAUAAAUAUUACAUUCACCCUGCCGGCUGCCUGGAAUUCAGAUGACUGUGUUCUCCAUGGCCACUGCGAGCAGGUUGUGUUCACAACCUGCAUGACCGUGACAGCAGCCAGCAAUGUAUUUCCUGUUACAGUUCAGCCACCACAUUGUGUUCCUGAAACAUACAGCAAUGCUACGCUUUGGUACAAGAUCUUUACCACAGCAAGGGACUCCAAUACAAAAUACGCACAGGAUUAUAACCCGUUCUGGUGUUACAAAGGAGCAAUCGGAAAAGUGUAUCAUGCUUUAAACCCCAAACUAACUGUUAUAGUUCCAGAUGAUGAUCGCUCUCUAAUAAACCUGCACCUCAUGCACACCAGUUAUUUCCUUUUUGUGAUGGUGAUUACAAUGUUCUGCUAUGCAGUCAUUAAAGGCAGACCAAGCAAACUGCGGCAGAGCAAUACAGAGUUCUGCUCUGAAAAGGUUGCUUUGUCAGAAGCAUAAUCCAUCCUCUCCUUUUACUGAGAAUGACUGAGAACCGUGAUCAUUGCCUGCUGAACCCAGAAUGGGUCUUAACACUCUGUGAAUACAUUAUCUUGCAAUGUUGGUUUAUUCCAACCAAAGACAUUUCAAGUGCCUGUAAUUGAUUUGUACAUAUUUAUAAAGGUAUAUUCCGAAUAGGUCAGAUGAUGCACUUGUUCCGCAUUGUAGUGCGGCAGUAAACUUUCAGUCUUUACCUGUGGACAUAGCCGAAUGUUUGUGUAGAUAUGUUUAGUGAUAUGGCUACAUAAUAGUCAGAGCAAGAUAUUUUUGUCUAGCUGCAUCUGGGCAGGUUAAGAUGCCUUUGCAAGUGUCUCAAACAAACCAACAGAUCUUUGUUUUUUGCCCAAUGAUAUGUACAGUGUGUUUGAAACAGUAUGCACCUUUGAUAUAAUACUGCAUUUCCAAAGCCACCCAUCUACUACAUGAAUUAAAUGUGUAUUUGUGUGGCCUAAUACUUUUCCUCCAUUUGCUCCUUGCUUGCAAGAAAAGAUAUCAACAUUUUAGAUUUUUUUUAAAACAAGAAAUACACAUAUUCACAUUUUAAUAGUGCUGUAUUUAGGACAACCUCGUGCUUUUAUUCAUAGUUAAAAAAAAUGAAGAAGUGAAGUCCCGUUUUAAUAUGUUUCGUACUGAAAAGCGCUAAGUUUGAUUUUUGUUGUUUUUCCACUUGGCUUGCUGAAUGCCAGUGAAUCGGUCAGGAAAGCUUUCCGCUCAGCCUCCCACCUGCAGCCCUCAGACCAGAAUUGGGUGUCUCUGCUGAAGAGCAUCUUCCUGUAAGCUUUUUUUAUUCUAGAAAAUGAAACUUUAUAAACAGCUGUAUUGGAUGAAGGGUCUGUUGGGCUCUGCACAGCCUGGGGCAAGUGCAGAUAAUAAAAGGAAAUCCCAUAGUCUGUUACAGAGCUUCACUUUGGGACUCUCCCUCCGUCUUGGAAGGGCAGCUGAAAUGAUACUUUGCAGCUGAAAUGACACUUUUAUUAGCUUUGUCCCCUUCCCAGUUAAUCCUGUCCACUCGGGGGAGAAUGGCAAGAAGAGGACCAGGGCUGUUGUGAUUAAGGUCAAAGAAACCACAUAGUAAAACCCACACAGUUCUCUUGUGUCUGUUGUUAAAUCAGAGGUUUUGUUCCAUGCAUUUCUCCUUUUCCCAUUCUGGCUUUCACUGUUUCUGGCUCCUUACUGAGCUCCUUUCAUUUUCGGGAGUCAGGAUUUUCCUGCAGACAUUUCCACUACUGCUUUUAAAGUCUCACUGUUGCCUUAAUGGACCUUUCAUCAUCUUUCAGCUGUCUUGUCAGGUAGGGUAACUCUAGGUCUGGAUACAUAUACAUAUGCUUUUUUCCUCCUCUUUUCACUCUAAAAGAAGAAACUCAAGUCCAAAUCUCAGUUAUACUGGUGUAAGACUCUUGGCUUAUUGCCUGUAGACACUACAGAAUGGUACCCUCCUGGUCUGUAGGCCUGUACAGGUGGGGCUUCAGUAAGUUCACGGGUCUUCAGAGCGUUUGAAGCAAAAUAGUCACACUUUUCUUCAGAACACGUUUCCUUUCUAGAAUUUCAGUUACUUAAGUGGUGUUAACUAACCUGCAUUUCUCUCUGGGGAUGUUAAGGCAAAGUUUUAGAGUCGGCCUAGUUUGGAGUCUAGUGAUAAAAUGAAGCUUCCAGUUUUCUGAUGCUGCUAUGAGCUCGCUGCUUCGCUGAAAUGAAUCAGUGGAGUCACAACAGGCAGACGGCUUCUCCUGAAAACUGUCCGAGCUGUUCCUAAUUCACACAUACAUAGCCUUCUGCAUUAAUACCGACUUUGAGAGUUGCCUGCAAGGGUGGCUGGAUCUGGGGACCACAGGCAGGAAUAGGAAACAGACUGGGGUGGUGUUGUGGAUUCCUAGAAAACAUCCAACAUGAUGCGACUGCUUUGAAAAAGCAAAGCGGAGUCCUUUCUGUUUUGGCAAAUUAACAAUUCAAACUCCAGAUGUUCUGACUGGGAUUUGGACUGUUGGGGAAAACAGUUUUUCUUAAUCUGGUUUUGCUCUUUGGUAAUUAGAGGAGC